UCAAAUGAAUACAAUUUCAUGAAAAAUAUAUAAAUAAAAAUUCACAUCUAUUAACCAACAAAUAAAAUAUGCAAACAAUUGUUUUAACUGUAUUUUGGAUGAUUUGUAUAUUAUGGGCCAUAUAUUACUGGUACCUGUCUCCAAAUAAAGCUGCUAAUGAUACACCCAAAGUUGUUCAUGAUUGCGAUCAUUCACCAAGACUAGAAUACAUGGGACAUCAGACUAGGAGGCACAGUACAUCUUCCAUCGAAUCUUUAGAGCAUUCAGAUAAUGAAUAUACUCGAAGUAGAAGAAAAAAUACACAGAAAUUAAAACAUGAGAUUAAAACUCGUUGGCCAAGUAAAACAUCGCUAGACAAAAAAUUCUACAAAUCCUUUUAAUGUAUAUUAUAUUCCACAUUCAAAAGACUUUUUUAUAAUAGCAGCAUGAAAAAUGAUUGAAAUUAUUAAUAAAAAAAUGAAAUAAAAUAUGUAACAUGAGCAUAAGAUAUUUCAAUUUUUAUAUAUGAUAAAAUAUAUGUCGAUUAAUAGAAUAAUGUAGUUACAUUUGUAGAGCAAAACAGGCAAUAACAUUAAAUAUUUUCAUAAAGUA